AAAAAAAAAAAAAAAAAUCGCGAGCCCCCUCAAAUCAUACUCGAGACUUCCACUAUAAAGCAUAAACCCUAAAUCACAAACCAAAUUGGAACUCCAUCGGCCCUCCAAUCUACAUCUUUCCGAACUCCUACCUCCAUUACAACACUGCGACUUUGUCCCCGUCGGGGCCGGCCAUCGUCAGUCCAUCACCGCGAAGGAGAGCGCUUGCGACGAAGAAUAGUAGAGGAUAGCCGAAGGCAGGCCGCCGUGCCGUUUCCUCCCUUCUCGCCGUCCACGCCGACUCUGCCAUAGAAAUUGAAAAGAUAUCUACUGCCGAAACUUGAUUGGGCUCCCUUCUGGUGGCAAUUUUCGUUUUGCAGUUAAUCUGAAGAACUUGAAUCAGGACUAGUAAAAUGCCGGGCUCGGCAAUUUUGACCCUACCAGCACCCCCUCCUCACUCGGGAGAUUCUCCUCCCCCAUUCCAAGCAUCGGAGCAGAACUCAAACGGGGAAGACCCAGUAAUCGAGGAACAGAAUGCAGCGCCAGUUGCUACUCACACUAGAACCAUUGGUAUCAUUUAUCCUCCUCUUGAUAUCCGGAAUAUCGUCGACAAAACAGCUCAGUUUGUUGCAAAAAAUGGACCGGAGUUUGAGAAAAGGAUCAUUGCUCACAAUGCCAACAAUGCUAAGUUUGACUUCUUGAAUCCCAGCAAUGCCUAUCAUGCAUAUUAUCAACACAAAUUGACUGAAUCGCGGGACCAGAACCAGUCUUCUACAGACCAGCCUGCUUCUGAGCUAACAGAUUCUGGUGCACCUCCCGAGUCUACUCCAUCUGCUCCUUCUGCUGAUGAUGAGAAUGAAGCAGCCCAAAAACCUGAUCCUGCUGCCCAAUUCAGAAUACCACUUCGGAAGGUCCUUGAGCCCCCAGAAGCUGAGCAGUAUACAGUGCAGCUUCCUGAAGGGAUUACGGGAGAGGAACUUGAUAUUAUUAAGCUGACUGCCCAAUUUGUGGCUCGAAAUGGGCAAUCUUUCCUUACUGGCCUGACAAAUAGGGAGAUGAACAAUCCCCAGUUCCACUUCAUGAAGCCAACCCACAGUAUGUUCACUUUUUUCACUGGACUUGCAGAUGCAUAUUCGAAAGUGUUGAUGCCUCCUAAAGGGUUGACCGAGAAGUUGACAAACAGUGUUGCUGACAUGACUACUGUGCUUGAGAGAUGCUUGCAUCGCCUAGAGUGGGAGCGCUCACAGGAGCAGGCAAGACAAAAGGCUGAGGAUGAGAUUGAGCAGGAGCGUUUACAAAUGGCCAUGAUUGACUGGCAUGAUUUCGUUGUAGUUGAAACCAUUGACUUUGCAGAUGAUGAGGACGAGGAGUUGCCUGUUCCAAUGACUCUUGAGGAGGUCAUAAGGAGAAGCAAGAUAACUGCGAUGGAGGAAGAUGAUGAAAUUGUCGAGCCUGGAAAGGAGGUAGAAAUGGAAAUGGAUGAAGAGGAGGUGAAGCUUGUUGAAGAAGGAAUGAGGGCAGCUAGUAUUGUUGAAGAGAAUGGGAAUGGUAAGAGGGAUGAGGAACCAGAGCAGCCAAUGAGAAUCGUCAAGAACUGGAAGAGACCAGAGGAGAGGCUGCCAGCAGAGAGAGAUCCAACAAAGUUUGUUGUUUCCCCCAUUACUGGUGAGCUCAUUCCUAUUAGUGAGAUGUCAGAGCACAUGAGGAUUUCCCUAAUUGAUCCCAAGUACAAGGAGCAAAAGGAGAGGAUGUUUGCUAAGAUUCGUGAGACCACUCUUGCUGCUGAUGACGAGAUCUCCAAAAACAUUGUGGGCCUUGCCAGAACCCGUCCUGAUAUUUUUGGGACUACUGAGGAAGAAGUAUCUAAUGCUGUCCAGGCAGAAAUUGAGAAGAAGAAAGACGAGCAGCCAAAGCAAGUUAUAUGGGAUGGUCACACUGGAAGCAUUGGGAGAACUGCAAACCAAGCUAUGUCCCAAAGUCUUGGUGAUGAUCAGAAUGAUGGUAUGAACGCUGACACAAGAAUGCUGCCUGGCCCAGCUGCUCUUCCUCCUCCACUUCGUCCUGGUUUACCAUCUCUCCGGCCGCUUCCUCCGCCACCUGGACUCGCCCUAAAUGUCCCCCGGAUGCCACAACCCCCAAAUACCAUGUCGUAUUCAACUCCAAUGGGUGGUGGUGGAUAUCCUGUCCCUCAACCAAGGCCACCAGGUAUGCCAAUGAUGCAAUCAAUGCGGCCGCCACCACCUCCAAUGUCAGGUCAGCAGCAUAUGAUGAUGAAUCAACAACCAUCCUCCAUGCCGCCAUCUAUGAAUCCACCACCUCCACCUGGCUCUCAGUUUACUCAAAUGCCACAAAUGCAUCGGCCUUAUGCUCCUGGUCCUCCUAUGCCUCCGCCACCCAUGCAUGGAAUGCCACCUCCACCACCUUUGCCUCAGGGGCUAGUGCCUCCACCGCCUCCCCCUGAAGAUGCUCCUCCACCACUUCCAGAAGAACCGGAGCCUAAGAGGCAGAAGCUAGAUGAUUCAAUGCUUGUUCCAGAAGAUCAAUUUCUGGCCCAUCAUCCGGGACCUGCAAGCAUCAAUGUCUCUGUUCCGAAUCAUGAUGAAGGGAAUCUUAGAGGUCAAGUUCUGGAGAUCAGGGUGCAGUCCUUGUCUGAAACUAUUAGCAGUCUGAAGGAGAAGAUCGCUGGAGAGAUUCAACUGCCGGCAAACAAGCAGAAAUUGAGCGGGAAGGCUGGUUUUCUGAAGGAUAAUAUGACCCUUGCUUAUUACAAUGUUGGUGGUGGAGAUUCUCUUUCUCUGACAUUGAGAGAGCGUGGUGGAAGAAAGAGAUGAAAAGAUUGGCUCAUUUUUUACUGGUGACACAAGGUUGGAGAGCUUCUUUCUAUAUAUGAAAGGGAAUUAUUCUGGAUACUGCGAUGAGACUCCCAUCAUUUGACUAUCUUUUUGAUGUUAUGCUGGUUAUCUGUUGUACUGUUAAAUUACGUGGUGCUGGAGUAGUAUAACUAUGAGCUAACUUUUGAAUAUCAAUUAGAUGUUUCUGAGACUGAUGAUGGAUGUGGUGUGGUAUACAGAUAUGGCGCCUUGGCGUGGGCAGCGGGAAGUAGCAAAUUCUCUGUGCCGUCUGAUCAUAUUGUUGCCUGUUUGAUUCCUAUUUCUUAGACAGAUAAAGGGCAGUGCUUGUUUAUGGGUUUACUAAUUUCCUCGUUGCCUUUUGGUUCUAUGUUGCAGCAAAUUCUCUGUGCCGUCUGAUCAUAUUGUUGCCUGUUUGAUGUUUCCCUAGAGGUACUGUGGUAAAUGGUAAUGGAGAGAAAUGAAUGCUGACAGUAGUAGCAGCAACGUGAUUUUUUUUUUUUUGUUCCUGAUGCUGUUGUAUUAUUCCUUUGAUAAAAAGCCAUUCUCUAGGGUUUUCUUUUGCUUUUGUUCUGUUUUCUGUUGACAAUUUGACACGGUUGACUGGAAGAUGGAUGCUGUUGAUGGAUGCUGAAUGUCGCUCUUGUCAGCUGGGGGGGAGGUAUCAGGGUUCCUAGUUUUGCUCUGUACCGGAUGUGUUUGAAUUAAGUUCAACAGAGACGUGAAGUUACUUCAGAUCUUGUUCUUCACUCAAAACCAAUUUUAAGUUCGAAUACUGUUUGUGAUAUGUUCUAUGGUCAU